CAUCCACAUCGGCCCAACGAACCAGUCCAUCAACGCACGCGCGACACCUAGUCGCAUAUCUUAUUGACUGUCGCGACUGCACAAGGACGGGUGGCUGUCAGCGGCCGCUCACACGGCAGCUUCCAACUUUCAGCCGCGUUUCGAUUCCGCAUCGCUGUACGGCGACCUGGCAGUCCUCCUCCGCCCGAACCGCCACCCACGGAUCCCACGAGUCUGUCAGUUGCGGGCGCCCGACGAGCAUCGCGUACAUGAGACCAUGGAUCAAGUCAUGGAUGGCGGCCGCCUACCCCUAGAGGCGUGGUUCUGGGAGAUGCCCGUUUGCACCCGCUGGUGGACUGCCGCCACCGUGCUGACGAGCGCCCUCGUUCAGUGUCACAUGGUGACGCCCUUUCAGCUAUUCUAUAGCUUCCGCGCCGUCUUUGUCAAGUCGCAGUACUGGCGCCUAGUGACGACGUUUCUCUACUUUGGGCCAUUCUCCCUCGAUCUCCUCUUCCAUAUAUACUUCCUCCAACGCUAUGCGCGCCUCCUGGAGGAGUCGUCCGGCCGGUCGCCUGCGCACUUCUCCUGGCUACUUCUCUAUGCCAUGGCGAGUCUGAUCGCCCUCUCGCCCUUGGUCUCCAUGCCCUUUCUCGGGCACCCGCUCUCCUCGACACUUGUCUACAUAUGGUCGCGACGCAACCCAGACACAAGGCUAAGCUUUCUCGGUCUUCUUGUGUUCACGGCGCCAUACUUGCCCUGGGUCCUCAUGGCCUUCAGCCUCUUCAUGCAUGGCACGAUUCCUCGCGACGAGAUCAUGGGCGUAGUCAUUGGCCACGUCUGGUACUUCUUUACCGACGUGUAUCCGCCAUUGCACAACGGCUCUCGACCUCUCGACCCUCCAGGAUGGUGGAGACGUCUCUUCGAAGGCGGUGGCCAAGCCGAGUCUGACAACGGCAUUAACAACGACGUGGCGGUCGCCGGUGCCAGAGACGCUGCGGGCCCCGUAAUGCCGGGGGGAGUGCGGUAGAAAGGGACAUGUUUUUUUGUUUUAUCAUUUAGCUGCGAUGCAGUCGGCGAGUUUACACUAGCGCGUACACGCCGGAUGGUCGUACAUGGUACUAACGUAGAGACGCUUUGGUUGUACACUGGUGGCGGCUCCUCGGACUGGUCGCUUCUGUUACGAGAGAGGCAUUGGCAUUGCUGCAAGGCGUUUCCAGGGACAAAUAUCUAUGCCAUUAUUCAAAUGAGACAACACCUUCCGG